CGAAAAUGCCCUUAUCACAUAUCACGAAGAUACGAACACGAAGAAUGCGUAGUAGUCGCCUGUUACUGGAAUUAUUUUCAAUUUCUGAAAUCAAAUCCGAUUGAGAGAAAACACUAACUUCAAAUUCGAGAUCUGAAUUAGGGAUUCUAGAGGAUGACGAAGGAUUUUCCAAUUCCACCGGUUGUUUUCCCCACCAGUGGAUCAUCUCCGGCCACCGCAAAUGUUCAGCAACGCCGAGUUCCCACAGCUCCUUACCAACCACCACGUCAAUCCUCCGCUUCAUCUUCAAUCCCUUUCAUUCCAUUUGAAAUCGGAUCCGCCGCCGUUUCAAUGCCGGCGGGACCAUUCGACGGAACAAUCGCUUCAUCUGCAUCUUUCGGUAGAGGAGUCUCUGCUUCGUUUGAGGAUGAGGAGCCUUUACUCGACGAACUCGGUAUCCAUCCAGAUCAAAUCUGGAAGAAAACUAGAUCGAUUCUCAAUCCUUUUCGAAUCAAUCAGACUGUUCACAAAGAUUCAGAUCUCUCUGGUCCGAUCUUCUUAUACCUUGCGCUUUGCUUAUUUCAAUUGCUCGCUGGGAAGAUACAGUUUGGUGUUAUACUUGGUUGGGUUGUUGUUUCUUCUAUCUUCUUGUACAUUGUCUUCAAUAUGCUUGCUGGUAGAAAUGGGAAUCUUAAUCUUCAUACUUGUACGAGUUUAGUUGGUUACUCUCUGCUUCCCGUUGUGAUUUUGUCCGCGGUGUCCUUGUUUGUGCCACAAGGUGCUGGUCCCGUUCGGUUUGUGCUCGGUGCGGCUUUCGUGUUGUGGGCUACUAGAGCUUGUUCUAAUCUGGUGGUGUCUCUUGCUGAUGGAGGAGAAGAGCACCGUGGAUUGAUUUCGUACGCCUGUUUCUUAAUCUAUACUCUGUUUUCGCUUCUCGUUAUCUUUUGAUUCCUUGCUUUCGAAUAUUGAUAGAUUGUUGAACUUUCCGGUGCCAUUACUGAGUAGCUUAAUGUGAUAUCUUAUAAGUGUUUGUGGUGAAAUAGCUGAGACAUUGUAAAGGUUUUUGAUAACUUUAGAGGAAGUUGUUAUUGAUGUGGUUUAAGUAAUUGAAGAUGAUGUUCUAAGAUCUCUUACUAUUGGAAAUCUCGAAACGUUUAUGCCAUAUACAUCCUUUUGUGGUUCUGUUUGACAGUUUCUUGAC